AUGCUGCAGCUGGUGGACCUUACCAUUGGAUCCGAUUUCAUAUUUUUUCUCCAAGUUUUGGCUGGUGGACCAUUUUAUCCGGCUCACACAGUCACUCUUUUAGGUGCUCAUAGUACUGGAAUGAUUCACUGCAAGUUCUUUGAAAAAAGACUAUACAACUUUGGUGGAACAAAUAAACCAGACCUAUCAAUGGAUUCUGAAUUUCUUGAAUUAUUAAGAUCAUUAUGCAACAACUGA